AUGUCUUUCCCGUCGAGCGCCGCACAAAGGUGUUUCCGGUGUUCUCGGUUUGUACAAGCUUCAUCGAGUUCAAUUGCAACCCGAUUGAUAUCAUCUUCGACUCGACUAUCGAAUUCAUCUAAAACAGGAUCAGAAGCGGGUGAGAUCAAUACUUGGUUUGUAGAUUCUUCGCCACGAUCUUCACCUCCUUCACGGCCCACUCCUGAAGCUUCAUCUUCGACCGAUCAGUCGUAUUACAACACACCCGCAUUACCCGAAUCAACACCUUCCAUCCUACAUCCCCUGCACAAGUUCCUGAUUUCCCCCGAGACAGAGGCUAGUGAAGUGCUAUUCGGUCAUACUGUCCGAUUCUUCGAUACGAGGAUGCUAGCUCGACAGUUGGAUAAACUAGGUCAAGGUGAAUUGGUCAAAGGAGAAGAUGGAUUAAGAGGUGGUUAUUACGAUUGGGUGAUUGUCGCUCAAGUCAAAGGGAGAGGUAGAGGUAUCGUAGCUCGAGGAGACGGUGUUCUAAGGAGAUGGCUACUGAAAAACCCACUACAUCCUUCAAUACCGAUCACGACAAUUGAAUAUCCUAAAACACCUCGUAUAUCUCCUGACUCAGAUUGGUCAAUUAUACCACUGAAUCUAGGUGAGGACGAAACGCGUGCGUGCGUAAAUCUGGUCAGUGAGGAAGGUAGACAUCGAUGGAGAUUGGAAGAUAUGUGGGGUGGAGUUUCCCAUUAG